UGCGUGUUUCCGGAAGACGUGGCGGCUCGGGCCCGGGCGGCGUCCCCGUGGCUCUUCUCCGGACUAGGCUUCGCAGCGUGGGCCCCGAGGCUCCGCGGUCCUCGCCGCCGCCGCCGCCAUGAUCUCCCUCACGGAUACGCAGAAAAUCGGCAUGGGCCUAACAGGAUUUGGAGUGUUUUUCCUGUUCUUUGGAAUGAUUCUCUUUUUUGACAAAGCACUGCUGGCUAUUGGAAAUGUUCUGUUUGUGGCUGGCUUGGCUUUUGUAAUUGGUCUAGAAAGAACAUUCAGAUUCUUCUUCCAGAAACACAAAGUGAAAGCCACCGGGUUUUUCCUGGGUGGUGUGUUCGUGGUCCUUAUUGGUUGGCCUUUGAUAGGCAUGAUCUUCGAAAUUUAUGGAUUCUUUCUCUUGUUCAGGGGCUUCUUUCCUGUGGUCGUUGGCUUUAUCAGAAGAGUGCCUGUCCUUGGAUCCCUCCUAAAUCUACCUGGAAUCAGAUCAACCACAUAGGCCCAGAAGAGAUCCACAGGAAUGUUUGUAGACAAAGUUGGAGAAAGCAACAAUAUGGUAUAACAGCAAGGCAACUGAAGACUUUAAAUAUUAUAUUAUUUAUAAAACCCUUUGAAGAAUAUUCAGCACAAAGUUAAGUUUCACAAACUAGCUUGUAAAAUCCUUCCAGAAGUUUUAAUCAUAUACCUUCCAAAGUACCAACAGUUAUUGAAGAAGCAAUGACAGCAAGCUUGUGAUCAGGUGAUCUGAGCGAUCAGCGGCUCGAGAAGAUGAAGCCUUGUUACAGUGCUUAGUGACUUGAGAAGGCUGUUUCUUAGUCUUGCUGCAACGUGUGAAACAGCCAUUCAUAGAGAACCAUGGUGUCUGUUACUUUUUUUUCCUUUUUAGAAGAUUCAGGAACACCGAUAGGCAUUUAUAUAUAUAUAUAUAUAUAAUGUCCAUUUUGAUGACUCAGAUAUUUCUAGGUGUGCUGGGUCUCUGAUAAUGAUGCCUGAAUUGGAUUGGAUUAUGUCGUCGGUGUAUCAGCCCAAGGAAAGCCCAGUUUCAUGUGUGAAUCACUUUUUUUGUAAACAUGAAAAUAAAACUUUUGUGGUCCUUUUGAAUCUUAGUAUUUUGGAGCCAGAUAAAAAUCUGAACUAGAUAUUCUUCUUCGGAAUACACAGAGGUCAUUCUAAGCUGUUACUUCCUCAAUCAUAGCUGACCAAGUGCUUUCUUGACUCUACAACACUCUGGAUGCACAGAUGUCUUGAGUGUGGCCUGGGUGUGUUUGUACAAUUUGCUUCACGCAGACACCAGAGAGCAUUCUGACCAUGGAGUAGUCUGCUACAAAGGGGAUUGGAAUCAAGUUUUGAGAUCCUAAAUGAUGCAUACCAGAUGGUUUCUCCCAUGUCAUGAUGUAGUUUUUCUUCUUGUUGUGUUCUUAUGAAAUUUGGCUGCAGUUUCCCACCUUGGUUUCAUAACUUGCAGUGACAUUGAAGGUGUGUAAUAUGUUAAAGGCUUGAUUCUGUGAUUGUAAAAAGAACUGUUAAUUUCAUCUUGAUUUUCCUCUUAUUUUCAGCUUUAUUAUAACAUCCAAAAAUCAGCAUGCAUCACAUCUGCUUUCUCCACUGUUCUCCAUCUUGAGUUAGGAGAUGAGAUGCCCCGUUGACAUGCAAAAGCUAUUACACUAUAACUAAACUUGCCGUGGUUCCUCAGAAGCGUGGUGCCGGGGGAAGCUUGUCAUUCCCUUCUGUUGCUAGUCUGCCAACAGGAACAGCAAUGGUUUCCUUCCUUCCUUCCCCGGGCGUUAGUUUUCUUGUUGGAGGUGGGAGCACUUCACAGAUAGAUUACUAUUUCUCUUACCACUAAUGAUUACACUAUUUAUUCUUAACAGUGGCAAAGCUUUUUAAUGCAGAAAAUCAUAACUGAAAUUCUAUUUAUUUACAAACCAUUUCUACAAGACAUUACAAAAUGUUUGUUGUUUUUAGUUCAAUUUCUUGGUGCCAGGAAAAUCCCCAGCCUUGCUGGUCUGCAGAAGGAAGCACUGGUUUGUAGUGGGAUGGUUCAUUCUUGUGGAUUACUGUCGUGUUUGGUACUUGCAUCUGACUUUAUGGUGUAACCUGUGAAAACUCGAUAAAUGGAGAAUCCUACCUCAAUAGCUCAUGGGAUAAUAAAAGACCUGGCGUUAUGUCUGAUGUUCCUCAAAAAAUCACACCUUCCCUGGAGAGUCAGUGCUGUGCUUUGAGAACUGACUUGUGUGAGGCGCCCAGUAGACUUUUCAUAGGCUUUGGCCCAUGUGAUUUGACAAUGGCUAGGUGUCUCUCUGUUAGAUCAGGAGUCUGCCAUUUAAAUCUUUCAUAGACAUGACCCUAUCAAAGUGGUUUUUGCACUACAGCAAACAGCCCCUUUCAGCAGUCUGAUUUCAGAAAACACUGGACCUGAGAAGAUGUGAGAAGUUCAUAAUCCUUAGUAAGGCAGAGGGCUGGGAUGGCAGGGAUGGCUUUCAGUUUCAGGUGAGUCUGCAGUGGACCUGGGACUGCUUGCCAACACUGCACUCCUUAGUCAGAACCUUGAAGAGGCUGUUUUUAAACAAACCAGCCUUUUGACUUCCGGAAGCCCUAUUCUUGAGGGUUCCCUAGCCCCACUCCCUUCUAAAAUCAGCCUUCUGUCUUUGUGACAAAAAAAAUUUUUUUGAUUAUUCUCCCAGAUGGAGGAAAAGUUCCAGUACUCAGCCUUAAGUGUUUCUGUCAUGUUCAAAUGUAUCUUCUGUAACAGAAACAUGCCUGCAAUGUUUUCCCUUACAGUUCUCUGGAAUUCAACUGCUUUAGAAGUCUCAUGGUCAAAUUAUAUACUCUAACAAUGGCAUAUUGUAAAUAACACUUGUCUUACCUCAAUAAAAGGGUACUUUUCUAUUCA